UUAAAGCGCGAGGAUAUAAAGUGUGUUGAGAUUACGAACUGCUUUGUUUUUUACAUUCACUUGCUUAAAAUAAAUUAUAAAUCGUUACAUCUUUAUCGCUUUUAUGUCGUUAUUGUAUAAACAUAACUAAAAUUGUAGAUCGAUCGGACUUAAGACUUUGAUUUUGACAGGUUUAUUUGACCAGGAAGCACAUUUUGUACAGUACAAAAUGUGUGCGAAUCUAAAAAUGAAUUAACUUAACUGUUACAGUGCACUUUUAAUGGACCUCCACGAGAGGUGAUGGAGUGGGAUCAACUUGGGCUGAAUCCAAGGAUCCUUGCUGCUGUUAAAAAAGCCAAUUUUAGAUCAGCAAAGGAGAUCCUGUGUGUUUUGGGUCCAGAUUUGCAGAGACUGACGCAUUUGUCACAGAGUGAUGUUAAGCGCUUACAUUGUGCCGCUGCAGUUGCUGUCCGCAAGUCCCCUGCGGUCACAGCUUUACAGUUGAUCAAGGGGGAAUGUCCUGUUUUGGAACCUGGACACAGGCUUUCUUUUGCAUGUCCCGUUCUGGACCGCUUGAUGCGCGGUGGUCUGCCCUUGCGAGGAAUAACAGAGCUAGCAGGCGAGAGUGCUGCUGGGAAAACUCAAUUUUGUCUGCAGCUUUGCUUGUCUGUUCAGUAUCCACGGGAAAACGGGGGGUUGAACUCAGGAGCUGUCUAUAUCUGCACUGAAGAUUCCUUUCCUAUCAAACGUCUAAGGCAACUGAUUUCCCAGCAGCCUCGGCUCAGACCAGAUUUGCCUUCAUCUCUGAUCCACAGCAUACGCUUUAGUGACAACAUUUACAUUGAGCAUGUAGCUGACCUGGAGGCUCUGCAGGCAUGUGUGUCUCAGCGUGUGCCCGUGCUGCUCGAGAAAGGUCUGGUCAAGCUGGUGGUGGUGGACUCGGUGGCUGCUCUUUUCCGUAGCGAGUUUCAAGCCAAUGAGGCUAUAGAGAGGUCGCGCCACCUGCUGACAUUUUCCAGCACCCUCCACCGCCUGAGUCAUAACUAUGGUGCACCUGUUCUCUGUGUCAAUCAGGUUACUGAUGUUGUGGAUGGCCCUAACCCAGGCAGGUGUGAUUACGGGUUGGUGGACAGUAAAGUGCUUCCUGCAUUGGGCAUUGCAUGGGCCAACCAAGUGAUGGUAAGACUCAUGCUAAGGAGACAGGAGGGGUGCGUAAUAUCAGAAGGCCGAAGCAGUGCUCCUCGAAAAUUAGAGGUAGUGUUCGCUCCACACCUCCCUCGAGCAGCCUGCCUGUGUGGGGUUUGGGAAGAAGGAGUUCGAGGAAUUCUUGAGGAUGACCAAGAACCACAAAGCUGUUAGCGAUGAAUCAUUUACAGAGCCAAAUGGAGCUGAUGACAAGACUCUGUUGAUCAGAAAUAUAGGAGUCAACAGUUGCUAAUGGACAUGUUUAUAGAAAGAGAAGUAAUGGUUUUGUUCAAAUGGACUAUACUUUGUGAAUAAUGGCUAGAUUGUUUUAGCAUUUAAAUGAAUACAUUGAAAACAUCAGUUGCUUGUAUCUUGUAAAUGGGUGUUAAGUGCAAACAAAUUAGUGACUACUAAAAUCUAAUAUUUUUAAAUAAUUUUUAAAAGUUUAUUAUGCUGUUUACACGCAGUAUAAAUUGUUUUUCUUUUGGUAUGAGCGAGUCAGUAGCGCAUCUAGAUCAGCACUAGAGCACUAUAGCCACCUCAAUAAUAUGUGAUUUUUUUUCUCAAAAAUAAUACAAGAAUUAUGUCAGAAAUACAGUAUUAUUAUUAUUAUUAAUAAUAGUGUUAUAUUUCUCCUUUAUACCAAUUUUACAACAACACUAACCCAUUGUCAACACUAGAGGGCGCUGAGGUACAAAAAACUAUGUGAGCUGGCCACAUCUAAUUUAUGGGAUCCUCAUAAUACCGGGGUGGCAUUUUCUGGUCUUGCAGGGCCACAGUCUUGCAGAGUUUAUGUCCAACCCUAAUCAAACACACCUGAACAUCAUUUGCAAGUAAUAAGACUUUGGCUCUGUCUGCCGCCUUUGGGGGCAGCAUUCCAGGGCAUCAAGGCACAUCCCAAUCUCAUAUUUGGUUUACUUCCUGUCUUCUGAGAUACCUUAGCCGUUUCUCAAUGUCAAGGAAGGAUCCUCGGAAGCUAGAAUUUCGAGGAUGCUACGUCAUCGACGUCCGUCGAAGGACUGUUCCAAUGUCGAGGAUCCUCGAAAUUUCAGCCAAGGACUGAGUCCUUUGUUCGAGAAAUAUCCCAUAUACAGGAAAGGAUGCAUAUUUGUAUCCGUCGCGCUCUUCACGCGCUGAAAUCACCCACAAUCCUAUGCGCGCAGCACCGAAAGCACACCUUUCAAGCACGCAAUGACGUAAUGACGUGCACUUGUUAGCCUGUUCCAUUUAACGUGUUCUCCGAAUGCUUAAAGGGACACUUCACCCAUUUGCAUUAGGCUUUGUAUAGUUAGAAACGCAGUCAUGUUUUUGAAUGGUCAUGCAUAAUUAUCUCAGUUGCUGCUGAGACAGGAGAAAUACAGAUUUCAGUGUUGCACUUCCUUCUUUCAAUGAUGUAAAAAUCAUCAUUUUGCAUCAUUGAAAGAAGGAAGUCUAAUAUCUUUGUUGAGAAGGUGUGUCUACAAACACCCCUUUUCUCGGUCAGAUAGACACCAAAUGCUAAAUGUAUGUUACAUUUCGACUACAAAUAUGACACACUUUCAAUCAAGAUUAAUGUUUCUACGGGUGAAAUGCUCCUUUAAAAGGAGCCUCGCCUAGCCUCUGAAGGAAGUGACUUGUAAGGACUAGUCCUGCCAAGGAAGUAUCCUUGACAUUGAGAAACGGCUCUUCAUUGUCUUGUCCCGCAAUACUGUGCGUGGGCGUGCACAGGAAGUUUGAUUGGUCAAGCCUGGUCGAAAAAUAAAAUGGUGGCAGAGAAAGUGACUGGAGAACAAAUUUAGGCCUUGUCCCAAAUGCCACACUCAGGACUUGUGGACUUUCUCAGAGUCCACACUUUGAUGACAUCAUGCAGACUUUAGGGACCCUUGACUCGAGUCCACGAGUGCGCACUGGAGUCGUAUUUUGGGACAGACUCGAGCAUCAGAGAGGAGAAGUUGCCCAUCAGUGUGAACAGACUCCCAUCCAUCCGUCUGAUUCGUCAGAUUGCCCUGUCGCAAGGAGUUUUCAGUUUGUAAAGUGCUUGAAGCCUGCUGCAGUGCAGUUUUUGCCGAAGACUGCAUCAAGGGUGCAAAGGGGGUGCUGAUGAGAAAACUUCAGAGCGUAAAAAUGACAGAUGGGACACCCUACGGACUCUUAGACUAAGUGAGCAUGCACAAUUUAAGUCACGAGACCAAAAGUUCACAUGAAGUGCGCCAUUUUGGACAGGGCCUUAUAUAUAAUAAAGUUUUUUUUACUUUUUACACCUUUUGAUUGCAUUUUUAGCAAGACAUUAGUAUUGUAGUUUUCAAAUAUGCGGUUAGUUAUCACAAAGGUGCUCUCUGUUUACAGAAUUCCAUUAAAGUGCCUAUGAUGGCUGUCCAAAUGCAUUUUCCAGAGCUCAUUGCCUCAUUAGGAAGUGCCUCAUGCAACAAGUCUGCUGCUUUAGCUUUCGGACGCAGGCUUUGGUUAUAGGGUUGGAGCAAAACUCUGCAGGACUGUGGCCCUCCAGGACCAGGAAUGCCCAACCAUGUCCUAAUAGAUUAUAUCUAAUUCACAAUCUGUCGCAUGGCUAAAGUUGGGGGGUCAGACAUAACAAUCAAAAUGAGACCUGAUCAACAGAACAUGUUGAUAUAAGACUUUGCAUUAUGUUACACAUUCAGUACUUCUUGGGGGGCAUACUUCUCCCCAUUUAACUCAUCCUGUCACCAUGGCGACGCUCAAAUGGGUCAUCUGUCCCAGUUCGACCACCCCCACCCUCACCAAGAGAAGCCCCCUCACCAUCUAACCAUCACUUCAUCCAUUACAAUCCCCCUCCCCUCCUGCCAUGAAUGCACAUACUCUCUCUCAGCUGUUUACUGCUGUGCUGAUGAAAACCUUGUUACGUAACACCCCAGGUCUUAACACUACACACAGACGGGCUUUCAGAAUAAAUGCACAACCGCCCACAUUCACAGCAUAUCUGCCACCAUCUUCAAAACAGCCCUCGGGCUCUGAGAGGUCCUUAUACUUCAGUAUGCACACAUAAAGCAGUCUUAACCCUGACUCUUGAUUUGUCAAGCAGGCGUCUGUUAGUAUGCAGCCCACGUCUGAUCGUCUCAGCCGGAGAAACGGAGCGAGCAAGGCAAUGACUGCAGGCUUAUCCAUCAAGCUCUCUCUCUUACACACACACACAUAUGCACACACAGCCAUCUUGGGAAAGAGACAGGAGAUAUAAACGGAUUUAAGUGUUAAGACCUGAUAGAAAAUGUGGAGCGUGUGUUUAUGGGAUAAGAUGUUUAAUAUAAGAAUGACAUAAAUAAACACUUGAUGUUACACACAAAGAUUAUAAGUGUAGAGGUGUACAUUGAAGUGUACAUUAAGACCAAAAGGUUAAAGGAAAACACCACCGUUUUAUAUAUUUUACUAUGUUCUUACCUCAACUUAGACAAAUUAAUACAUGCCUACUUUUAUUCAGUGUGUGCACUUAAUCUUUGUACAGCGCGUUGUGAGUGUGUUAGCAUUUAGCCUAGCCCCAUUCAUUUCUUAGGAUCCAAACAGGGAUACAUUUAGAAGGCACCAUAAACUUACAUGUUUUCCCUAUUUAAAGACUGUUAUAUGAGUACACAAGUAAGUACAAAAUAAAACAUGGUGAUUUUUUAAGCGGAUAAAAAAUGAGAACUAUUGUAUGACGAAAGAGCACUUAGUUUGCAUCACUUCGACUUUGGCGCACAGUAACAGCAUCAAUCCUUACUACCCUCCUCGCUCAAUUUUCCGUCCAUAUUACUACACCCAAAGUGCUCUUCCGUUUUAGUUGGUUACCAUUUGAACCUGUUGAUAAGAGCUUAACUACACAACAUCAUAUCUUUUUUGUUAAAUGCCUGGGGAAAAAAUGACAUUUACAUUUAAUGACAUACUUUACAGCUUUGUGGUGCCACAUUAUAAAAAAAUGCUGGGAUAUUUCAACCGAUGGUUGGGUUUUGUUAGCCUGGUCCAACCAGACUCUCGUACAUUAAUUUCAUUUGUACAGAGUCUGGCCACGCUCCAUUGCAAAGCGUUACUUCCGUUAAGGAGGGUCCAUUGUUGAAGUUUAAAACUAUUGGAUCUGCCCAGAGUCACUCAAGAUCUGCCAAAGCCAAUCGCUAACGUGUGGUCGUGACGUAUAUCAUGCACCGAAACCGGACGGAAACAACAAGUCAGAAUAAUCAGACAAACAAAACUUAGCAAACCUGGUUCUUGCUCCGGCUUUAACUUCUGUAUAUUUGGCAGUUUUGCAACAACGGACCGAAUAGCUUUGCUCACGUCUUUCUCCGCGGCCAUUACUAAACUACAACUCAAACUGACGCACGACCUCAACGUCAUCGUUCUUAGCCACCCCCAUCUGUUCGCUGAUUGGUCCUGCAGAUUUUUGCAGGGGAAAACGAAACUCUAUAGAGCCAUCCCAGACG